GAUAGUUCGAAUUGGAACGAAGACGUGAGAGAGCCCUACCACCACCGCCGACGACGACAUGGGAAUCCCGCGCUUCUACCGCUGGAUCAGCGAGCGCUACCCGCAGAUCAACCAGCAGAUCAGCGACGUGUCCCUGCUCCCGGAGUUUGACAACCUGUACCUCGACUUGAACGGCAUCAUCCAUCAAUGCACGCACCCGAGUGACGACGAGGUGUGCGAAGAGUUGGGCGAAGCCCACCACAUCCCGGCCAUCUUUGCGUACAUCGACCGCAUUGUGUCGCACAUUGUCAAGCCGAAGAAUCUUCUUUUCCUGGCCGUGGAUGGCGUGGCGCCGCGCGCCAAGCUCAACCAGCAACGCAGCCGUCGGUUUCGCGCCGGCAAAGAGCUGUACGAGAAGAACUUGUCGCUGCAACGCGACGACGACGACGACAAUGAGUCGAGCGAGGCCCCCAAGGCGCUGUUCGAUUCCAACUGCAUCACCCCCGGAACCGAGUUCAUGUACCGCCUCUCGAGCCACCUGCAGUACUUCAUUCGCAAAAAGCUCAAGGAAGAUCCGUCGUGGCGCGACCUGACUGUCAUCUUCUCCGGGCAAGACGUACCGGGUGAAGGCGAGCACAAGAUAGUCGAGUACAUUCGGCGCACCAAGAUGCAACCCGGGUACCCGCCAAACGUCCGCCACUGCAUGUACGGCUCGGACGCCGACCUGAUGCUUCUCGGUCUCAUGGCCCAUGAGCCGCACUUCACGCUCGUCCGCGAAGUGGUCAACUUUGGCGGCGGGUCAUCGCGCAAGAAAGGCAAGGACGACAACUCGGCCAAGAAGAUCAUCGCGCGGCAGACCAAAGAACCUGAAUGGCAGCUCGUGCACUUGAGCUUGUUUCGACAGUACUUGAACAUGGAGUUGUCCGUACCGGUGGCCUGGUACGACAUGGAGCGCGCGCUCGACGACUUUAUCUUUUUAACGUUUUUGCUCGGGAACGAUUUCAUUCCGCACAGCCCAACACUGGACAUCUCUGAGGACGCGAUCGCGCUCUUGCUGGGGCUGUACCGGGAUUUGCUGCCCCAGUGGGGCAAUUACUUGACGGAAGCAGGCGUAGUGACCCAUCCCGAGCACUUGGAGGGGCUAUGUCAGGUCAUUGGGUCGAUGGAGGAAGCUAUUUUGACAAAACGCGUGCACGAGGAACGGAAAUUCCGCGACCGGAAGCGAUACGGGAACGGAUAUGGCCGGAAUGGAUCUUCUCCCGUUCGUGCCAAGGUUGUUUCAGCUCACGACGACACGGAAUUAGACGACGACGACGGGAAUGACCGCCAGUUUGAACAGGAUUUGCUGCAUGCGUUAUCCUUUCAAGGCGAAGAAGAAGAAGGCGACGACGUGGUUGUGCUGAGUGGCAGCCCCGAGUUUCAAGCUACCAAGUGGGCAUACUACGGCGCUAAAUUUGGCUUGCGUGACACCUCCACGGAGCUUCUCACGGCCAUCAAAGUUGCCUAUGUUGAGGCAUUGGUGUGGUGCGCAGGCUACUACUUCCACGGCGUGCCAUCUUGGUCGUGGUUUUACCCGUUUCACUACUCGCCGAUGCUGUCGGACUUGACCGACAUUGCGUCGAUCGUGGCCAGCAUCCACUUUGACGUGGGCGUGCCGUUCCUCCCGUUCCAGCAACUGCUCUCGACGCUUCCCCCCACAAGCGCGACCCUCGUCCCCCCGGGGUACCAGCGCCUCAUGACCGACCCAACGUCCCCCAUUGCAUCGUUUUACCCGAUUUCGUUUGAAAUCGACAUGGACGGCAAGCGCAAUGCAUGGGAAGGUGUCAACAUCCUCCCGUUCAUCGACGCCAGCCGACUCGUGGACGCUAUCCACUUGCACUGCCCCGAAGCCGACCUCACGGACGCCGAACGCCGCCGCAACCGACCGGGUACCGCGUACGUGUUCAAGCACGACCUCGGCGCCAUGGACACGCUGCCGUCGACUCUCCCCGGCGUGCUCGAUGACAUUGCAUGCUGCCACUCAAGUGUCCAAGUGUACGAGCUGCCGCCGCCACGCCGCAACUUCCGCUGUACCCUCACCGACGGACUCACCAUGCCCAUUGCGGGGUUUCCAUCGCUCUACUCGCUGCCGCUAGCCAGCUCGGCGCUGUCGAAAAUCGGCGUCAAUUGCUUUGGCAUGAGCUCCAAGAAGGAUACGCUCGUGCUGUAUGUAGCCCCCCCGUCCGCUGAUGAUCAGGCGUCGUUAUUAACACUCGACCAAGCUAAACUCGUCCUUGGCACUACGGUGCACGUCAACUAUCCCCACUUGCACGAAGCCAAAGUGGUGGCCAUCAGCACCCGCGACGGCGUCAUCACAUCUUCUUGGCCCUCUUCCAACGAAGUUCACGUCCAUGGGCAUUCCCCUUCAGAGCAAACCGACUGGGCUAAACGCGCUCAGGUCGAAGCCAGUCGGUACCUGUCUGGGCGGGGGGUACCGGGGACCGGCGGCGUCUCCAUCGGAGCGGUCACGUGUCUGCUGCAUGUGCUGCCGCUUCAGGGCAUGGUGGUGGACCCGGGUACCGGCGCCAUGCACAAAAAGUUUGGCCGCGAUCCGGUCAAGAUUCCAUUCCAGCUGGCGGUGCUGCAUCACGAUUUGUUGGACUUGCGGUUCCAGGAGACGGCGGCGGCGGCGGCCCCCGACCGCUUUCCCCUGCACACGUCCGUGGUCGUCCUCCGCGGUCCGUCCAAGGGGCUCACGGGCACCGUCGUGCGCCAUCAUGCAAAAGACCAAGCCACGAUAGGCGUGCGCGUAUCCCCGCGGUCGCCCGAGCCGCCGUUUGGGUAUGCGAUCGCCGCGGCCAUCUGCGACAAGUACUACUCAAGCUUUGUACUGUGCCAGAAACUCGGCAUCCAGCCGUCGACGUUGGGUCGCAUCACGGGCUCGCUGUUGGUCAACCCUGGUCGGUAUGACAUUGGGCUCAAUAUCAAGUUUAAGAAGGAGCUCAUGCUGGCUGGAUACUGCCGAUACAUCCGAAAAGAAGGAGGCGCGGAUGAUAUGGCAUGGACACGUGGCGACAGCGUAUCGCUAGUUGUAGGCAACGAUGAUGCCGACAAUGACGGCAAAGAUGGCGGCAUAUGGGAGUACACGGACAAGGCGUUCUACACGCUCGUGGCAUUUCAGAGAAAGUUCCCGCGGGUCUUUGCCGCGCUCGAGACGUUGCCGUACUCGGCCGUGUACGAUGGCGCGGCGUUCUUGAACGUGGCCAACCCUAGCGCCGUGAAAAGCGUGCUGGAAAGCAUCAAAACGUGGCUCUCCCAGCUCGAUAUUGCCCCACUGCCGUUGAUUCCAGUGUCAUCUGCGACACUGCCCCGCGCCGCCAUUCACGCGAUUCAAGCCGCCGGUGACAGUCGCACAGCGGCAGCAUCGCCAUCAUCGACGACAGGCGACGUGGAGAUUACCGUUGAGUCGUCGGCACUGUUUCGACCGGUCGAGUCCAACUACGAUCUGUCGGCAUCGUCAGCGACUGGCCAACGCCCGCCCCUGCUAGGCGACCGCGUCGUGAGUCUCAGUGCCCGGGGGGUUCCGUUCGGACUGAGGGGUACGGUCGUGGCCUCCCAUCAAGCGACCGCAUGUGUGGAAGUGCUGUUUGACGCGAAAUUUAGCGGCGGCACGACUCUUGGAGGCACCUGUUCGGCAUAUCGCGGCAAGUUGGUGCACUGGUCUUCGUUGCUGGUCGUGUCGACGCCCCCGCCGCCGCCAACCAACCACCAUCACCUCCACCGCUCCAAGCAACUACUACCGCAGCAGCACCAACCAAAGCAAUCAAACCAGCCAAAGUCUGCCGAGUAUCAUCCAGCGCCCAACCAACCAACAUCAUCCUCAUCAUCUUCCCGUCCAAAGUCCCCUCAAUCACCCCCCCAUCCGCCCUCUCUUGUCGCUCCUUUGAUUGUGCUGCCGACGGACGUGGUGACGCCGCCGCCGCCGCCGUCGACGGAGAAAAUGCACUCGCUCAUUGCUAAAUGGGCUGAAAAAGAAGAAUCCCGCGAUUUGCACGCCCCAGCCCAUUCCAUGGCGCAGUACUUCAACAAACUCCAAGCUCGCCCGGACAUGGCGCCGCCGCCACCGCCGCCUGCUCGAGCUGCCAUUCCCCCCUACCAACAGCAGCAGCAACCUCCGCUGCCACCCCCCUACCAGCAGCAGCCCCAAGGACCCCCCAAGCAGCCACAAGCUGCGAAAAAGACGGGCGGGCUGUUGCUGCCAGCCCAAGUGCUGAAGUCCAAGCUCACCAAACAUGCCCAGUAGUCGUAGGAGUUACAUAGAAGUUACUGCAGUAUCUGGUCUAACGUUAUGGUUACACGUCGAGUUGGAUCUACUAGUACAUACAUAUAUGUCACC